ACUCUCUUCCAACUUUCGUGGCAGCUUCAAAUUCACUCUUCAAAAACCAGAUAGCUAACACCAUACACUCUUAAUCUCCUUUUCUCUCUUUCUCUCGCCAGCUUGCUUGUUUUCAAACAUGGCUAGCCUGGGAGCGGAGAAUACAGCUACUGACCAACGUCCCAAAACUCUUGCAGAUUUUGAUCCUCCCCAGAAACAAAAACGCAACAAGUUUGCUUUCGCUUGCUCCAUUCUAGCUUCCAUGACUUCCAUGUUUCUCGGCUAUGACAUUGGAGUAAUGAGUGGGGCGGCAAUCUACAUAAAAAAGGACCUCAAAAUCAGCGACGUGGAAGUGGAGGUUCUGGUGGGGACCAUCAACCUUUACUCACUGUUUGGUGCGGCGCCAGCCGGCAGAACCUCCGACUGGAUCGGGCGGCGCUACACCAUCGUACUAGCUGGGGCCAUAUUCUUUGCAGGAGCUCUGCUGAUGGGUUUCGCCACAAACUAUGCAUUCCUAAUGGUGGGUCGUUUUGUUGCUGGUAUUGGCGCCGGUUAUGCUCUCAUGAUCGCUCCUAUUUACACUGCCGAAGUUUCGCCCGCUUCCUCUCGUGGCUUCCUCAGUUCUUUGCCUGAGGACAUCAAAUAUCUGAGCCGUGGGCGAGGUCACCAACAAAUACAAAGAAAAAAAGCCAAAGAGAUGAGGUCACCCACCGGAAACAGACAAUGAUAUGGAGACUUGGUGAAGGAAGAAGAAUGGUGACCGCAACUGGUGACUGCCGUGCCGACCGUUAAGCAACAGAUCUGAGAACUGAGAGUGAGAGACUCCAGCGUGACUGCAUGACUCCGGCGUGAGAACUGACAAGUGAGACAGAGACUCUGAGAGUGUGAGAGAGAGACUGACGGUUACUGGGGUCUGAGGUGAGUGUCUGAGUACCGACGCCAGCGCAAGUGCGUCUAAGAUCUGAGUACUGCCGUACUGGAGCAGUGGAGCUGCCGUAUGCCGAGCUGGAGAGUGGAGAUUGGAGUAGACUCGUACUGGAGCAGUGAAGCUACCGUCUGCCAAGCUGGAGAAUGGAGACUGGAGUAGACUGAGUAGUGAAGACUGAUGAAGACUAAAGGUAGUGAACUAAGUGAAGUGAGUGUCUGAGACUGAGUGAGAUUGUGAGAGUUGAGACUGUGAGAGUGUUAGAUGGUGUUAGGGUUUGGAAUUGCAAAUGCAAAUGCAAAAUAAAAACGUAAAAAUUAAA